UUUGCACCAUAAGAAUCUUCUAAAAUCUGCCCAAAAUCGCCACUCCAAUAAAUUAACAAACGCUGUCUUCUUCGUGGCACCAACUCUCGAUCUCCGGCACUUCAUUUCCCCAAAACCUCAAGCCACGAUGAGGCCACUACCAAACCUCCUCCUCCCCCUCCUCUUUACGGCGGCGCUGCUGCUAACAUGCCCCAUGCCUGCCUUCUCCGCUACUCGGUGUCCCAACUGUGGCUCUACCCCAGUCCCCUACCCAUUCAGCACGGGGUCUAGUUGCGGCGACCAAUCGUAUAAGAUCCGGUGUGACGCUGGUACACUCAUGUUUGACACGCUUAAUAACUCGUAUCCAAUCAGUUCCAUCAACCCUUCAAUUCAACGGCUCGUGAUACGGCCUGCAAGUCUCUUACCAAACACUUGCGUCACGUCCGAUUUUGUCCACCAAGGCAUCCAGAUGAACAGCUCACUCCCUUUCAACAUCACCGGUGAUAAUACUGUUAUGUUCUUGAACUGUACGGACUCGUUGCUAAGUUCACCGUUGAAUUGCUCGGCGAACAGCUUGUGCCAAUUGUACGUUAACGACGCUGGAUUAGCGUCGCCGUGUCAGGAUGCGUCGAUCUGUUGUACUUUCAAGGCUGGCGGUGGCACGACAUCGUAUAUGAUCCGGGUUAGAGAGGCUGGGUGUAUGGCCUACACGAGUUUUGUUAACUUGGACCCGAGUUUGCCAGUGAAUAGGUGGCCGAGCCCAGGAGUUGCUAUCCAAUGGGUACUACCUCAGGAACCGCUGUGUGGGUCUCAGGCCGGUUGCGAUGGAAACUCGACUUGUGGGCCUGACCCGAACACGGCUGGGGUCAGGAGGUGUUUCUGUAAUGGUGGGCUUCGAUGGGAUCCAAUUCAAGGGAUUUGUGCUGAAAAUGCGACGUGUCAAAAUCCUGAAGGCUGUGGGGGAUCAUCGAAGACUGCACUUAUAGCUGGUUUGACCUCUGGCCUAGGUGUAGCAAUCUUGCUAGGUACCAUUGCCAUCCUCUUAUACAAACGCCACAAGCGCAUUAAAGAAGCUAGAGAACGUCUGGCUAGGGAACGUGAAGAAAUCUUAAAUGCCGGAGGAACUAGAGCAGCAAAACUCUUUACAGGCAGAGAAAUAAAGAGAGCAACAAAUAGUUUCUCUAAGGACCACCUUUUAGGUGCUGGCGGCUAUGGUGAAGUCUAUAAAGGCAUUCUUGAUGAUGGUACUGUUGUAGCUAUCAAGUGUGCCAAGCUUGGAAACACCAAAGGCACUGAUCAAGUUCUCAAUGAGGUCCGAAUUCUAUGCCAAGUCAAUCACAGAAGCCUUGUAUGCUUGCUCGGUUGCUGUGUUGAGCUUGAGCAACCCAUCUUGGUUUAUGAGUAUAUUCAAAAUGGAACUCUUCUUGAUCAAUUACAAGGUCUAAAACCUGGUGGACGAGGACAACUAUCUUGGACACAGCGUCUCCGAAUUGCUCAUGACACUGCUGAGGGUCUUUCUUACCUCCAUUUCUCAGCUGUUCCUCCAAUUUAUCAUCGAGAUGUGAAGUCUAGCAAUAUACUUCUCGAUGAGAAAUUAAAUGCUAAGGUUUCGGAUUUUGGGUUAUCAAGAUUAGCUCAUAGUGACUUGAGUCACAUCUCAACUUGUGCCCAAGGUACUCUUGGUUAUCUAGAUCCUGAGUACUACAGGAAAUAUCAAUUAACUGAUAAGAGUGAUGUUUAUAGUUUUGGGGUUGUGUUGUUGGAGAUUUUGACUUCUAUGAAAGCAAUAGAUUUUAAUAGAGGAGAAGAUGAUGUGAACUUGGCAGUUUAUGCACAAAGAAUGAUGGAUGAGGAGAGAAUAAUGGAUAUGGUUGACCCCUUGUUAAAAGAGAAAGCGACUACUAUAGAGCUUGAGACAAUGAAGGCGUUGGGGUUUUUGGCUUUGGGUUGUUUGGAGGAAAAGAGACAAAAUAGGCCUUCCAUGAAAGAGGUUGUCGAAGAAAUUGAGUAUAUUAUGAGUAUUGCAACAACAAAGAACGUGGAAAACUAGCUUAGCCAUUGAUGGAGAAGCAUGUGAACACUGGUUGGGGUUCAGGUAUGAUUAAUACUUAAAUAUAAUUAUAAGAAUAUAAUAUUUAUAGUGAUGAGAUUGCAUAGCUUACAUGGCUUGAUUUCACUAGGUAUUUUGAUGCAUAUGCAUGGGUUUGAAUUUUGAUUUCAAUGAAAGUAUUUUGUACCCAUUUUUCCUUUUGAAA